CCUUUCAAAAAAUUUGACAUUCUAUUGUUUUCUGUCGAAAACAUAGAAUAAAAAUUGAUUGAAUAAUAUUAGUUUUCACGUUAUUAAUUGUGUUAAUUAAGCUGGUGAUUAGUUAAUUAGUGUUAGUUGGUAAUCGCCAAUAUGGCGGAGGCAUUACCGGAGGAUGCCCCGGAGUCGGCGGCGCCGGCGCCGACGGCGGCCGAGGAGAAGAGAAAACGGCCGAAGAUAGCCUGGAGCGAUGACUUGAGUCAUGACUCUGAAGAAGAUAGAGAACGCGAACGCCUAGCCCAACUCGAGCGCGAGCUAGCCGAAACCCCCGUCAAACCUAUUUACGAGCCAGAAGAAUUAGAAAAACUGAAGUCCUAUAUUAUGAAGAUGACCACUAUCUACGACCUUCGCCCUGAAGACUGGACUGAAGAUGCCAUCCAGCACAUUGAGGAUUGGAUUCUGGAACCCAAGAACUUGAUCCUAUGCAUCUAUUUCAAGGGAGAUAAGCUAAAAGCUGGGCCAGAAAUUCCCACGUCUCCUGUAUAUGAUUUGACAUAUUUUUUAAGACCUCCAGAUUUUGUCUUCAAGGCCGAGACUUUCCAUGAUGAUAUUAUAUUCGGGACCUUCAUUGAUUCUAUAGAGUCAAAUGUGAUUAAUAUGAUGGAGUUCGUUUAUGCCCCGUAUUUCUUUGCUGUUAAUACGUGGCCUGAUAGUGUCAAAAGCGAGUUCUGCACCCACAUCCACACAUUUCUCGCUAAACUAACAGACAUGUACUACAAGAUGUUAGGACUGACCGUCUUAUACAUUCCUCGAGAGGGUCAAAACAUGUCGUUCGAGAAGGCCAGUGCUGACCGCGAGCUGGUCAAGAGGCUAGAAGGCGUUGUGGUCUACUGGACCCAUCAGAUAAAGUCGUGUUUGGAAGACCAGGCCUUUGUGGCAUCUCAAAAGGAGUUGCUGUGCCCUAGCGAUGAAUAUGACUUUUGGAUUUAUAGACAUGAAAACCUGAACGCCUUACUGCACCAGCUCAAGAACCCAGCAGUGAAACACAUCACCAAGAUCUUGGUCACCACUCACUCCACAUUCAUCCACCAGUUCCAAUCUCUCUGCGAAGAUAUAGUGCAGAAGAUUGGAGAAGCCACCUCUAACAUAGAGUAUCUUCAAGUCAUCAAGCAACCCUGCGCUGUACUCGAGUGUGUGGUGGAUCCUGACGAAAUAGCCAAACAUAUUCCACAUAUUAUAAACUUAUUUCGUUUCAUAUGGCUGGAAUCUCCAACAUAUAACUCCGAGACGAGAAUCACGAAUCUGUUCAAAGCUCUGAGCAAUCAGAUCAUUAUUUUGUGCCGAAAUUAUAUUAAACUUGAUGAACUCUUCGAUGGGAACACGAUUAAGGCUUUGGGGGAGUUUACCAAAUGUAUAGAAUGCUGUAAGAAGUACAGAGAGAUAUAUGACCUAAUGGCCGAGGCACAUAACGACGCGAACCCUAAUAGCUGGGAGCUGGACACAGGGUCCAUCUUCAACUAUAUUGAUUCCUUCAUACAGAGGUGCUUCGAUAUGCUUGAUGUUUGUAACUGCAUGAUUAUUUUCGGAAGGAUCAAUGAGAUGGAAAAUAUAAACAAGCCAUACUUCGCUGGUGCCCGCGGCGACCAGUUCGAAGCAAAGUGCGAAAAGAUAGAGCGUAUGUUCUUUUCAGCCCUGUUGGACGUGAAGGGAGUCGGUAACACCAUACUUGACGUGCAGGCACCGUCCUGGUACGAUGAUAUACUCGCUUUCAGGACUAUUAUCAAGGACAUUGAGAUUAUAAUAGAAAACCUCGUGGACACAGUGUUUGAAGGAGUCAAUCAUGUAGAAGAAGCUGUGGUUGCUCUCUAUUCACUCAACAAUUACUCCAAACGGAAGAAUCUGAAACGUGUCUUCAAAAGGAAGACUGCAGAGAUGUGGGCGAUGUUCAGCGAGGAAGUUCAAGAGGCAAAGAAGGACAUGGUAUCAACGCGUGGCUACUAUCCAGCAGACCUGCCCUCGUAUGCGGGCAGAGCUACCGUGCUGAGGAUGAGGAAGAACAGGCUCAUGUAUCUUAAGAAUAUAAUGACAGACGCAUCAGCGUGGCUGCUACCGUGCAGCAACUCGGAAGACGUGAUCAUGCACGUGAACAGACUCAUGGGAGCCAUCGACGUCGCCAUCAGGGAACUCUGGAUAUCUUGGACGCACAACUUGGAUGAGAAAUGUGGCGCGGGACUCAACAAGACCCUGAUGAGGAAGAGCGCUGAGAAUCCGGGAUUGUUGGAGUGCAACAUCGAUAUAAAUAUCCUGGAGCUGUGCAAAGAGGCGGCACAUUGGGAGAACUUGUGUAUGGAUAUACCAGUACACGCUUUUCAGGUGUAUCAGAAAAGUAAAACAGUGAACUACGUGUACGAAAGCGUGUUGGCAGUGGUGAAAGGAUACAAUAAGAUUUUAGACUCGUUGUCUGACGAGGAAAGACUACUCUUCAAGCCACUAAUCUUGGCUUGUGAGAAGAAAGUGCAACCAGGAAUAACAAAGCUAACAUGGACUUCCACAAUGUCCGAUGCAUACAUCGCAGAUUGUGUUAUGCAAAUCGGAGAACUUCAAGAUUUUUUAACAACAUACAAAAACUGCAAUGUUAAUUUAGUUAAAAUCAUGGAGAAGAUUUGCGAUACUCCAUUCGUAGAAUUCGAUAUUUAUAACGUUUUCGAUAUAAAAGUGUUACGAGCUAAAAUACGAAAAAUGGAAGCUACGGCUAUGGACGCUGUUUUAGAUAUGUAUAAAGUGAUAGUGGUUUAUCUGGUUAUUGUAUACGAAGGCUUCGAACCAUAUAUUACCCAGAUGGCCGAACAUUGGAUUAAAUACGUAAGGAGAUUUGACAUACUUCUAGAAGACGCAUUAAGAUUAGGGAUCAAGUCCACUAUGCAAAACAUGUACAAGUGCGUUCAUGGAGACGGCACUAUGGCACCAUCACCUUUAAUAAAAAUGGACCUCUACUUAACUGGGAAAAAUAUUACAUACAUACCUACAAAGAUUGAGAUUCAGGACACGUUCACCACAGUUCUUGAAGAAAUUGUUCACAUUAUGAGCACUGUCCCACGCUUGUUCGAGAAGUUUUCUCUACCUUCAGGAGGACUGAAGAAGUUUUACGAAGCUAUAGCUUUAGAUCAGGAUUGUAAUAAGCUGCAGAGAUUUAUUAACGAUGAAAUUGACUACAAUAUCAAACUAGUGAACGACCAUUUAACGAUGUGGGAUCCUUACAUGCAUAUCUGGACAGUAGACAAAGACCAGUUCUUGGAGCAGUACCGGGCAGAGAGGCACACUGCUGAAGACUUCGACUGCCUUGUCAUAAAUUAUAGCAAUCUUGCUAACUCUAUUCAAAUACAGGAAACGAUUAACCAGAUUCAUUUCAUAACUCUCAACUCAAGCGAAUUGAAAAAGUCUAUAAUAGCGCACUGCAUUGUUUGGCAAACCAGACUAGGUGAACUGCUGAGAACAAUCACAGAGGCUGAUAUUGACGUAGUUUAUAAUUACGUAGAAAAGAGUAGUGAACAAGCUAUGAAGGUACCUACAGAUUUAAAAGAGCUUCAAGAAAGCAUAGAAACUUACGAUCGUUUAUUAUCGGAAAUAACUGCGAUUGAGAAAACAUUCCCACCUAUUUCUGAUCAAAUGUUGACACUGGCAAAGUUCGAGGUUGAACUUAGUUCAGACAUGAUUACUCGCCAUGAGAACAUACCGGUGUUAUGGUCUGACUAUUUAGGUGUUUUGGAAGAAGCUAAAAAGAAUCUUGAAGCGAACAAAGAAAGAUUCAAAACGAAUUUAUUGGAUCAAGCUGAAGUUUUUAAGGAGCAAGCCAAAGAGUUUUGUGAAGAUUUCUAUAGGACUGCUCCAGUCUCGUCUGACAUAUCUGGCAAAGAUGCUUUGGCACAAUUGAAAGCUUUCAGAGAACAACUAAAUGCGUUGCGAGCACAGGAACAACUUAUACGAGAUGGUCUUGCUGUGUUCAAUCUGACUACUCCAGUGAAUCUGGAUCUUCUGAAAAUGGAGAAGGAACUGGAGAAGUUGGAAGAAGUUUGGGGAUUGGUAAACCAAUGGGAGGAGUCCUGGGAAAAAUAUAAAACUCAAUCGUUUUGGGAAAUGGAAACCGACGAGAUGGAAGAGAACGUUAUGUUUUUGUUCAGAAAUUUCAACAAGCUAUCGCGACAACUGAAGGACAAGAAUUGGGAAAUAAUAGACACUACUCGAAUUAAAGUAGAUGCAUUUAGGCGAACACUGCCUUUGAUUGGUGAUUUGAAGAAUCCGUGCAUGCGCGAGCGCCAUUGGGACAGAAUUAAAACGCUUAUGGCUGUGGACUUCGACCAAAACUCUGCAGACUUCAAAUUAGACUUGAUAAUGCGAUUGAACUUCCAAGCAUAUGCUGAAGAAAUAGCUGAAAUAUCCAAUGCUGCUACUAUGGAGCUGAAUAUUGAAAAUGGCCUCAAAGCUAUCAGGGAGGUGUGGAAGAACACAACCUUCGAGAUGCAACAUCACAGGGGAGAUAUGUAUAAAAUUAAAACUGUUGAUGAUGUCAUGCAGUUCCUUGAAGAUCAUCAAGUGCAACUCUCGUCAAUGAAAUCAACAAAAUAUGUGGAACCGUUCAUAAAAGAAGUAGAUUAUUGGGAGAAAUCGUUGGGCUACGUAGCAGAGUGCAUUGAAAUUUCUUUACAAGUUCAACGUCGCUAUUUGUAUCUUGAAACGAUUUUUUCUGGUGAAGAUAUUAGGAAACAAUUGCCUGCGGAGGUUCUAAUAUUUGAUGCACUAACUGCUGCUUGGACAGAAGUUACAGGCAGCAUGCACGCAGGAAAAAAUGCAAUUGAAGCCUGCAUUUACAAACCACAGCCUUACCUGUUUAACAAAUUGAACCAAAUGGUAGAUAACUUGGAUGGAAUCUUGCGAGCUCUGGAGAAAUAUCUCGAAACGAAACGGCAACUUUUCCCAAGAUUUUAUUUCAUAUCCAACGAUGAUUUACUUGAAAUUCUUGGAAAUUCUAAAAGGCCUUCAUUGAUUCAAGUACACUUAAAGAAGUUAUUUGAUAAUGUUAACAGGAUAAGAAUUGAUAAGAAUCCAAUGGGUCUGCCAGUAGCCAAGGCCAUGACUUCAGAAGACGGGGAAUGUGUCGAGUGGAAGUAUAACCUGGUGCUGGAUGGGCCUGCUGAGAUCUGGCUGGCAGGCCUUGAACAUACCAUGAGGGUUGUGCUUAGAGAUCAAUUGAUAUUAACGCGAGCUGCUCUGAGGAAGUGCCGUUACCAGAGAGAAGCGUGGAUUAACGACUGGCCUGGUCAGCUUGGAAUCACUUCCAGCAAGAUCCAAUGGACCUCAGACUGUACUCGAACCCUAUGCCGCUGCGAGAUCAUGCAAGAGAAGAAGCCGCUGAAGAAACUGCGCAAGAAGCAGAACUUAAUCCUCACGACCCUGCAGAUGAUGUCCCGCAAGGAGAUCAGCAAGAUUCUGCGCGCUAAAGUGAACGCGCUCUGCGUUAUUGAGAUACAUUCCAGAGAUACGGUAGAUAGGAUGUAUAAGAUGGGUUGUAUGAACGUAACGGCGUUCGAGUGGUUCUCUCAGCUGAAGUUCUACUGGGACCGUGAACGUGAGGACUGCUACAUCAAGCAGACGAACACCAACUCCAUUUACACGUAUGAGUACAUCGGCAAUUCAGGACGGCUGGUUAUCACGCCUCUUACUGACAGAUGCUACAUAACGCUGACGACGGCGUUGCACCUGUUUCGCGGCGGCAGUCCUCAGGGCCCCGCCGGCACUGGCAAAACGGAGACCACUAAGGAUUUGGGCAGGGCGCUGGCAAGAUGGGUGGUGGUCACCAACUGCUCAGAUGGACUGGAUUAUAAGUCCAUGGCUAAGUGCUUUUCUGGUAUCGCUCAAAGCGGUUGCUGGGGCUGCUUCGACGAGUUCAACCGCAUCAACAUAGAAGUACUCUCCGUGGUAGCCCAGCAGAUCCUGGCAGUACUGCUAGCUUUGUCGCUCUUCCAGAAGAGGUUCAUAUUCGAGGGGGCAGAGAUCAAACUGGAUCCUAACUGCGGGAUAUUUAUUACUAUGAAUCCUGGUUACGCGGGCCGAACGGAGUUGCCAGAUAAUUUGAAAUCCAUGUUCCGCCCGAUCGCGAUGUGUGUGCCUGAUUCGCUGAUUAUAGCGGAAAAUACUCUGUUCUCUGAUGGAUUCACAGCUUACAAAGUCAACGCUAAGAAGGUGUUCACGUUAUAUCAGCUGGCUAUGCAACAGUUAUCUAAACAGGAACAUUACGACUUUGGUCUAAGAUCGAUGGUAGCUUUACUCCGUUAUGCUGGUAUUAAAAGGAGGGCUUACCCUCAUUUACCUGAACAAGAGAUGGUAAUUCUAGCCAUGCGAGACAUGAACGUGGCCCGGCUCACGGCUAAAGACGUGCCUCUCUUCGACGGCAUCAUGCAGGAUAUAUUCCCUGACGUGGAGAUACCGACCCUGGACUAUGAGCUAUUGGAGACGGCUAUUACUGCGGAGAUGAGGCUGGCUGGUCUGCAGCCGGUUAAGGCAGCUCUGCACAAAGUUAUACAGACUUAUGAGACGAAGAAUUCCCGUCACUCAAGCAUCCUUCUCGGAGACACAAACACUGCAAAAUCCGUGUCCUGGAGGAUGCUAGCUCUGACCAUCACGCGCUUACACAAUGAGAAGCAGCCAGGGUUCGAGGUGGUCCACACCUUCCCUAUGAACCCUAAGGCUUUGACCCUGGGCGAACUGUAUGGGGAAUACAACUUGGCUACCGGAGAAUGGAAGGAUGGCGUCCUGUCUUCUAUCAUGAGGACUACCUGUCAGGAUGAGUCUCCGGACAGUAAGUGGAUAAUAUUCGAUGGUCCUGUGGACGCUAUAUGGAUUGAGAACCUCAACUCUGUGAUGGAUGACAACAAGCUAUUGACUCUGGUCAACAGCGAGAGAAUAUCAAUGCCUUCACAGGUAACCUUAUUGAUUGAGACCCUGGACUUGGCAGUGGCCUCCCCAGCCACCGUGUCUCGUAACGGCAUGGUGUACAAUGAUUACAAGGACUGGGGCUGGUGGCCUUUCGUCAACUCCUGGCUGGAGACUAUUGAUUACGCUGAUUAUAGGGAGAUGCUCCGCCGCUUCUUCCUUUCAAUCCUAACUCCAGUCCUCGAACUCAAACGCCUAUACCUCCGUGAGGGUGAGUCAGUGCGGGGCCAGGAGUUGACAGGUGUGCGGUGCCUGUGCCGCCUGCUGUCGCUGCUGCCGGAGCCAGCUCCAGCCCUGCCUGACGAACAGACUGAUAUCGAGGGCUUGGCGAAAAUGAGGUUCCUGUUCGCGAUGAUCUGGUCAGUAUGUGCGACCUUAGAAGAUGAACCACGUCGGAAGCUGGACAACUGGAUCCGGGAACACGAGGGCAUCUUCCCACUUAAGGAUACAGUGUACGACUACUUUGUGGACGAGAGGCUGCAGCAGUUCAAACCCUGGGAAGAAAAGUUGCCUGAUAACUGGAGGUUUAAUCCUGCCACCGGUUUCCACUCCAUCUUGGUCCCCACAAUGGAGUUCAUCCGCGUUCAGGUGGUAGCUCUCGAGAUGCUAAAAGCCGGGUAUGGUGUGCUGGUAGGAGGUCCUACCGGCACCGGCAAGACUUUCCUUAUCCAGGGGACCCUGAAUAUGUUGGAUCCUAGCAAGUACAGCACACAAGUUAUCAACAUGUCGGCGCAAACCACGGCGGCUAACGUGCAAGAUAUUAUUGAGUCCAGGUUAGAGAAAAGGACUAAAGGGAACUAUGUGCCAGCUGGAGGCAAGAAGAUGAUAGCAUUCAUGGACGACAUUAACAUGCCUGUUCGCGACUACUACGGCUCCCAACCGCCGCUGGAGCUGGUGCGGCUCUGGCACGACUACGGGUACUGGUUCGAUAGGGCUAAACAGUGGCGGAAGAACGUCAAGAACAUGGUGCUAUGCGGCGCAGCAGGCCCGCCGGGCGGGGCGCGGUCGCCACUGCCGGCGCGGCUGCUGUCGUGCUUCCACGCCUUCUACCUGCCCUCGCCCACGCAGCAGCAGCUCGUCAAGAUCUUCGGCACCAUGCUGGGCCAGCAUCUACAGGAGUUCGAUGAGGAAACCAAAUCUGUUGGUAAAACGGUGCUGAUAGCGACAAUAGACAUGUUCAACAACAUCGUGGCGAAGCUCCUGCCUACCCCCAGCAAGAUGCACUACCUGUUCAACUUGAGAGAUAUCUCCAAGAUAUUCCAGGGUCUCCUGCGAAGCAACAAAGAUUACACGAACACCAAGGCGAGAUUCCUACGCCUCUGGAUACACGAAUGCUUCCGAGUGUUCUGCGAUCGACUCACGGAAGAGAAAGACCGCGACUGGUUCAUGAACCACAUCGGCGACAUGCUGGGUAAGCACUUCGAGCUGACCUUCCACGCUCUCUGUCCUUCCAAGAGUCCGCCGCUCUUCGGACACUUCCUCAACCCUUAUGAGGUGUAUGACGAUAUGAAUGACCCUGAUGCGUUGCGCAAAUACAUAACAAACCAGAUGGAGGAGUACAACAGCUGCCCGGGCGUGGUGAAGAUGGACUUGGUGCUGUUCAAGGACGCCAUCGAGCACAUCUGCCGCAUCGUGCGCGUCAUCUCGCAGCCGAGGGGCAACAUGCUCUGCGUCGGCAUCGGUGGUUCCGGUCGUACGUGCCUGACUCGUUUGGCGACAUACAUCUGCGAGUACAAUUCUUUCACCGUCGUCGUCACUAAAACGUAUGGACUCAAGGACUUUAGAGAGGACUUGAAGAUCCUAUACACCGGUUGCGGCGUAGACCACAAGAAGACAACGUUCAUAUUCUCCGACACGCAGAUAGCUGACGAAUGCUUCACGGAGAUCAUCAACAACCUGCUCAGCAGCGGGGAGAUCACCAACCUUUAUAAGCCUGAUGAGUUUGAAGAUAUAAAGUCAGCUCUAGAGAAACCAAUGAAGGCCGCGAACCUGAUGCAGACCAACGAGGUGGUGUACCUGUUCCUGCUGGAGAGAGUCAGGAGUAACCUGCACAUUGUGCUGUGCUUCAGCCCUAUUGGGGAGGAGUUCAGGAACCGCAUCCGUCAGUACCCAGCUCUGAUCAACGCUACGACCACCAACUGGUUCUUGGAGUGGCCGCGAGAAGCGCUGCUGGAGGUGGCCUACCGCUUCCUGCACGGCGUCGAGCUGCUGGCCUCCAUCACUGGACCCAGGGUGCGACGUAUGGAAUCCUUAAUCGAAAGCCGCGAAGACAUCCUCCGUGCGUCGGUGGCGUCCAUCAUGUCGCUGAUCCAUUCGUCCGUGGGCCGCUACUCGCUGAAGAUGUGGCAGGAGAUGCGUCGGACCAACUACGUCACGCCCACCAACUAUCUAGAGCUCGUCGCCGGGUAUAAGGAAAUGCUGAAGAUGAAACGCUAUGAGAUAGCUCUGCAAGCCAACAAGCUGCGCAACGGACUCGGCAAGGUGGAGGAGACCACCAAACUCGUCGGACAGAUGUCAGAAGAACUCGCCGAGGCACAGGUCCAAGUGGGCCUCUACACAGAACAGUGCAUAGAAUACAUGGGCGUCAUCAAUGUACAACAACGCAAUGCUGAUGAACAGCAGCGCAGUGUCGCAGCCAGGAGUAAGAAGACCAUGGAGGAAGAAGUGCAGUGCAAGAAGCUGGCUGAUGCCGCCAUGAGAGACCUGGCUGCUGCCAUGCCGGCACUGGAAGAGGCCAUCAAGGCUUUGGACGCUUUGAACAAGAAGGACAUCACUGAAGUGAAGUCGUACGCGAAGCCGCCGCAGAAGGUCGAGAUGGUGUUGGAAGCUGUGCUUAUAUUGCUUCAGAAAGAACCAACAUGGGCCGAGGCGAAACGCCAGCUUGGCGACCAAUACUUCCUAGACCGACUUCGUGACUUCGACAAGGAUAACAUAUCAGAUAAGACGCUGAAGAAAAUCGGCACUUACACCGUCAAGCCUGACUUCGAUCCAGAAAUUGUGGGCACUGUGUCUUCGGCUGCAAAGUCUUUAUGUCUCUGGGUGAGGGCCAUCGAGAAAUAUGGCAAGAUCUUCAAAAUCGUGAAACCCAAGAAGGAGCGUCUAGAAGAAGCCUUAGAAUCCCUUCGCAUGAAGCAGCAGAUCCUGGCAGAAGCUCGUGCCAAGCUGCGCGAGCUCAGCGAGAUGAUCGCGCGGCUGCAGCGCGAGUAUGAUGAGAAGGUGGCGCAGAAAGAGGAACUUGAGAGGAGGUCCAGGAUGCUGCAGCUCAAGCUGGAGAGGGCGGAGGCGCUGAUCACCGGGUUAUCUGGUGAGAAGGAACGCUGGGAGAUGACAGUGGAACGCCUGGACAAGGAGUUUGACAAUCUGCCUGGCGACUGUCUGAUCGCCACUGGCUUCGUGGCCUAUCUCGGACCAUUCGUGUCGGAGUAUAGAGAAGCUCUUAUGGACGACUGGUUCUUAGAGGUGUGUAACGAAUCUCUGCCGGUGACUAUGGAUCUUAGCAUGAAGAAGUUCUUGUUGGAUGAUGCCACGCUAAGAGAUUGGAAUUACAUGGGAUUGCCUGACGACAACUUCAGCGCUGAAAACGGCAUCAUAGUAGUCCGCGCGACUCGCUGGCCUCUAGCAGUGGACCCGCAGGGACAGGCACUCAUAUGGAUCUCUCGGCUCGAGGAGAAGAACGGCAUACAGGUGGUAGAUUUCGGUCAGCCGAAUUACCUGCGAAUAAUGGAGACUUGCCUCUCUGAAGGGAAGCCCAUCCUGAUACAGAAUGUUGGCGAAGUUCUAGAUCCUUCCAUUGCUCCUAUCUUGGAGAAGGCGAUAGUAACUAUCGGUGCUUCCAAGGUCAUCAAGUUUAAUGACAAGAUGGUGUCCUACCAUCCGGACUUCCAUCUUUAUUUGACUACUAAGUUGGGCAACCCAGUAUACACCCCGGAAACCCUAACAAAGACGACGAUGGUGAACUUCGCGGUGAAGGAGCAGGGCCUGACGGCGCAGCUGCUGGGCAUCGUGGUGCGCAAGGAGCGGCCGCAGCUCGAACAGAUGAAGGACACGCUCGUGCUCUCCAUCGCGCACAACAAGAAAGUGCUCGUUGAUUUAGAAAACGACCUGCUCCGCAUAAUGUACGAGUCCCAGGUGCCUCUCCUGGAGAACGAGGAGUUGUUCCUCACGCUGCAGACGUCACAGCGCACUUCGCUGGACGUCAAGGAGGCGCUGAUUACCUCACAGGUCACGGAGAAGGAGAUCGAUACGGCUAGAGCGGGCUACGUCCCAGUAGCAGUUCGGGCUUCCGUGCUAUUCUUCGCAUUGAACGACUUAUCGCGCAUCGACCCAAUGUACCAGUUCUCUUUGGACGCCUACAUCGAUCUGUUCACGUACUCUAUAGACCGAAGCCCUAAGGCCGGGGAGCUUGAAGACAGGAUUAAUAACCUGAAUGAGUUUCAUACUUAUGCUGUUUAUAAAAACACAUGUCGCGCUCUAUUCGAACGUCACAAGCUCCUGCUAUCGUUCCACAUCGUGUCCCGCAUCCUGUUCCAAAUGGGCAAGAUGUCCCGCAACGAGUACAUGUUCCUGCUCAAGGGGGGCGUCGUACUGGACAGAUCCGAACAGCCUGAUAAUCCUACUAACUGGAUGCCAGACGACUGCUGGGACAACAUCACGGAGAUGGACAAGCUGCCGGGCUUCCACGGCAUCGUGGACGUCUUCGAGAGCCUCAGCAAGGAGUGGAAGGACUGGUAUCUGCAUCCUGAGCCGGAGUCACAGCCGCUUAUUGGUGAUUGGAACGACAUCUGCAGCGACUUCCAGAAGAUCCUGUUCAUCCGCUCGCUGCGCGUGGACCGCGUGUCUGCCUGCAUCACCACCUUCAUCAUCAAUGUGCUGGGGCCUAGAUAUGUGGAGCCGCCCGUACUGGAUAUUAGGGCUGCCUGGGAGGAGUCGUCGUGGAAGACGUCUCUGCUGUUCGUGCUGUCUCCGGGCGUGGACCCCACGGCGGCGCUCAUACAGCUCGCGCAGGACGUCAAGAUGUUCGACCGCUUCGCCUCGCUGUCGCUGGGGCAGGGACAGGCGCCCACUGCUACCAGGAUGCUAUCACACGGCAUGAAGGAAGGUGGAUGGGUAUUCCUCGCGAACUGCCACUUAGCAUGCGAGUGGCUGGGCUCGCUCCGAGGCCUGGACAACCCUAAGAUACACCCGCGGUUCCGGCUGUGGCUGUCCUCCAUGCCUGAUGACAAGUUCCCUCUCAAUAUGCUGCAGAGGAGCAUCAAGAUGACCACUGAACCGCCACAGGGUCUAAAAGGCAACUUGGUCCGUCUAUUCGCGAACAUCAACGAGGACAAGUUUGAUGAAGCCACUCCCAAGUACCGCCGGCUACUGUUUUGCGUGUCGUUCUUCCACUGCACUCUGAUUGCACGGAAGAGGUUCCGGCAGUUGGGGUACAAUGCUGUUUAUAGCUUCAAUGAUGCGGAUUUUGAUGUAUCAGACAAUCUUCUAGCGAAUUAUCUAGAAGAAUACGAAGAGGUACCGUGGGACGCUCUCCGGUACUUGUUCGCCAUCAUCAACUACGGCGGACACAUUACCGACGACUGGGACAAGCGCGUGCUUAUAGCUUAUAUCAACCAGUUCUUCAAUGAGGAUGCCCUUGAAACACCCUUCUACAGGCUGUCGUCGAUCCCGGCGUACCACAUCCCGCGGGACGGGUCGCUGGAGUCGUACCGCGACUUCCUGGACCUGCUGCCGGCGUACGAGCGCGCCGAGUCCGUCGGCCAGCACGCCUCCGCCGACGUCGCCACGCUCGCACAGGAUGCUCUGAUCAUGUGCUCGACGUUGUUCGCACUGGCCAGCACGGGCGGCGGCGGCGCCGGUGGUGGGGAAGACCAAAAGGUUGACGAGCUAGCUCAAGAGAUGCUAAACAAGCUUCCAGCUCGUAUCGACAUGGAGACAACUGAACGUAUGAUGGGGCCCGAGAUCGUGAUGCCUAUGUGCGUCUCCCUACUGCAGGAGAUUGGCUACUAUAACGUGCUCAUCAACAUGAUUACUAUGGGACUUAAGGAGUUACGUCGCGCUAUCGAGGGUCUGGUGGUGAUGUCUGAGAUGCUGGAGACCAUGUACCUGUGCAUCUUUGAGGGCAGGACGCCCAGCUUCUGGUUAAGAGGUCGUCCGUCGAUGAAGCCGCUGGGCGCGUGGUGCCGCGAGCUGUUCCUGCGCGGUGCUCACCUGCAGGGCUGGGCCAACGCCCCCCGAGCCCCCCCCACGCUGUGCUGGCUGCCCGCCUUCGUGGCGCCCACAGGCUUCCUCACCGCCGUCAUGCAGACGACAGCUCGCGGUGAGAGCUGGCCCAUCGACACGCUGUGCUGGGAGUUCACCGUCAUGCCGCUUGAAGAGUCCAGCUUCGUCCGCCCGCCCAGGGACGGAGGCGUUUAUAUACGAGGACAAUACCUGGAGGGAGCAUCAUGGUUCCGCAAGGAGGGACACCUUCAGGAGCCGCUGCCGAUGCAGCUGGUGUUCCCCAUGUCGCCCAUACACUUCAAACCUGUCAGGGCCACUGGCAAACGUCUGCGCAAUCGAUACGUGUGUCCAUGCUAUUACUACCCGCUUCGGAUGGGCGCGUUCGUGGUGGCAGUGGACUUGCCCGCCGGUAAGGAGACCUCAGACUUCUGGGUCAAGCGGGGCACAGCUAUGCUUUGCACCCUAGCCACUUAGUCAUACAUAUGUUGCUAUACACUUUAUAAUAUUAUAUGUAUGUGCUUUUCAA